UGGCCGGCCGGCGGGCAGCGCGGACAGCGGUCGGGAUGCGGCUACCGGCCAGCGCGGCGCUCGUAGAAAGGGCCAGAGUAGGGACGAGACGGACCGGGAUGUCCCCGGUGAGGUGCCGAGGGCUACGUUUGUGACACGCUUGUAGGGGCGGAAUUCGUUGAGCAUCACCUGGCCGCCCGGUCCCAAGCCUUUCAGUGGAAAUAGUAUCCAAAGCAGCUUCUCUUAAUUGCGGUGCGCUGACUUCCUUACCUCCUUCAUUAGUGGCCAACUAAUCAUCAGGACCAGAUCAAGAAGCCAGCGAUGACUGACAUGGAUCACCUGGAUCACCUAAUUGUUGGCUAAAGACAGCUCCUUGAGACCCUAUCAGAAUGAUAGACAUAUUAUAAUCAGCAAAUGUGGAAGGAAUAGCUGAAUGAAAGAAUAUUCAAGAAGAAAAUGCUAAAGAAGAGGAAUGAUACAAUUAGGAGGAGGUUUUUCCCUGUUCACAUUGAGAAUUUUGAACAAAAGGUUGGUUGACAAUUUCUGUAUUUGUGAAGGGUACAGUGUACCUCGUUGCCUGAUGUAUGAGAUUUAUGUGGAGACCUGUGGUCACAAUGCUCAGACCCAAGUCAAUCCAGCCACAUUUGGGAAGCUUGUGCGUUUGGUUUUUCCUGAUCUUGGUACCCGGAGGCUAGGCACGAGAGGAAGUGCCAGGUAUCAUUAUGAUGGAAUCUGUAUCAAGAGAAGUUCUUUCUUCUAUGCCCAGUAUUGCUACCUUCUGGGUGAAAAAAGGGAUCACAGUGGAGAUAUCAUUGCCUUUGAAAAAUCUACUAACUAUAACAGCAUUAUCCAACAAGAAGGAACAUGUGAAAAUCAUUCACCGAUAAAGACAGACCCCAUUGGAUCCCCUUUGUCUGAAUUCAGGAGAUGUCCAUUCUGGGAGCAAGAACUGGCAAAGAAGUACUCCUACAAAAUGAUGGCCUUUCUUGCUGAUGAAUACUACAACUAUUGCCAAGAGAUUUUACAAAACGUGAGGAAACAAGAACUUGAGAGGGUGGAGGACUUGCUCACUUCUUUCUGGAAAUCUCUGCAGCAAGACACAGUCAUGCUUAUGUCAUUGCCCGAUGUGUGCCAGCUCUUUAAAUGCUACGAUGUGCAGCUGUACAAGGGAAUUGAGGACGUUCUCCUUCAUGACUUUUUGGAAGAUGUUUCUAUUCAGUACCUGAAAUCUGUCCGGUUAUUUAGUAAGAAAUUUAAGCUGUGGCUACUUAAUGCUUUGGAAGGGUUUCCCGCCCUCGUGCAGAUCUCCAAGCUCAAAGAAGUUACUGUGUUUGUCAAAAGACUAAGAAGAAAGACAUACCUUUCCAACAUGGCAAAGACUAUGAGAAUGGUAUUGAAAAACAACAAGAGGGUCAAUGUUUUGAAGUCAGAUCUACAUGCCAUCAUCAGUCAAGGUGCUUUGGACACUUCUAAGAAAGCCCCGCCGAGUAACCCGUGCAGCACGGCUGACCAGGAGACGCACACGGAGAUGCAAUGUUUAAGCAGUUUGAUUUCUUUGCUGGGGACAUCCACAGACCUCAGUGUAUUCCUGAAUUGCCUGUCUUCAAAUCUUCAAGCAUUUGUCUUCCAGCCAAGCAGAAACAAAGAAGAGUUUAUCAAAUUGGCCGCCAACUUCCAGCUGAGAUGGAAUUUCCUUCUUACCACUGUGAGCAAAGCCAUGACCCUCUGCCACAGAGAUAGUUUUGGCUCCUGGCAUCUGUUUCAUUUGCUGCUUCUGGAAUAUGUGAUUCAUAUACUUCAGUCAUGCAUAGAAGAGGAAGAGGAUGACGAUGAUGUGGAAAAUCUCAAGGAAAUGCUACCAGAUGACCAGUCUCUUGUCCAGCCAGACCAGGCAGCCUUCCACCCUCCAGAUUCUUCACCAGCCCUGGCGUAUGACAGCCCACAUAUGGAUCCACAUCGGGUGAUGCUGAAACACAUAGGCCAGAGCCGAUGUCCUGUGGGUGUGAACAGUGUGAACAGUGUGUUUCUCAGGGUCCUGGGCUUCCUGGUGGACACUGACACGGGUGAUAAGCUCAUCCAGGUAUUGUUGGAGGACAAGGCCACUGAAAGCACCUUCAAACUCAGCCUUCCUGUGGGACAAGAGGCCCUGGUAACUCUAAAAGAUGGACAAAAAUUUGUAAUUCAUGUAUCAGUUGUACCCCAAAGCUCUGAAAAUAUUUUUUUCAGGGAAAGCAACACUAAUAUAUAAGAUCAUUUCUUAGAACAGGACAUGAGAAAACAUAGAUUUUCACUCUUAAAAAUAUAUUGAGUGCUAAAGCUUUUGUAUUGAUGAGAAAGAAGAUUUUUAUGUACAUAAUAGAGGUAGCAUUGUCUAUUUUGGGUUUAUAUGUAUUUCAAGCAGUUAGUUUAGGUGAAUCAUAUAAACUGAUUUGGAGAAUA